AUGUCGAAAGCAUCUCUCUACGGAAAGCGGCCUGGCAUCUUGCCAGAGACGAGCUUGGCGUCCGCUCGUCCGACUCACGCGAAGUCGCUCUCUUGGAAAGCCAAGCUGGGUCUCGCUGCCUUGGUCGCACUUGCAUGGCUGCGCUUCGACACGCGCGGCCACCGCAUCCGCAAGCACAACCCUGCCCCCGCGCCACCAACUGACCAUGACGGCCGCCACGGGUGGGCGAGCUUUCCCCGCAAGGAUGAUCCCUUUCAUUUCCUGCCUUGCACCAACGACACGCUGCCACCACCGCGCCUGGAGGACCCGCAUCCGCUCGACUCGUGGAAGAAGCUCUACCAGCCUGACCCGGCUCAGUGGCUUUGGGGCAAGAUAAACGCAAAUGCGCUCUACCUCUGUGGCUGGCUGGAUGUACCCCUCGACUACACCAACGCCUCUGAUGCGCGAGUCGCACGUCUUGCAGUCGCUCGGUUCCAGCUGGAUCCUCUGCCAUCGAACCGUACCCUCGUGAUACAGCCCGGUGGUCCAGGUGGAUCAGGCACCGAAUCCAUCUUGGAGGAAGGUGAACUCAUCUCCCUCGAAGGCUCCAACGGAACCUUUGACGUGCUUGGCUGGGACCCACGAGGUGUUCCCGCAACGCAACCGUCCAUCUCCUGUUUCCCUCACGAUGCAGAUCGCGAUCGUUGGAAGCUGAUCACCAACCGCUCCUACAAGGAAGGCGAUCCGCGACAAACCAUGCUCGUCGCAGACGCUAUGAACGAAGCCGUGUUUAAAGCUUGCCAAGCCAAGUACGGCGACGUUGCUGGCAUGCUCACUACCACGUUUGUUGUGCGCGACCUCGACGAGAUUCGAAAGGCAAUGGCAGAGGAGCAGCUUAGCGGCUACUUUGUAAGCUACGGUACCGAGAUCGGGCAGAUCUACGUCAAUAUGUUUCCCAAUCGUGUCGGCAGACUCGUUCUCGACGGCACCAUCUAUGAACGCAACUAUAGGCUCAUGGCUGGUUUUGGAUCGCAAGGCCUCGACAACAUCACAGAUGCCUUCCACGAUGGAUUCCUAGGCGAGUGCGUCGAUGCAGGACCAGCACACUGCGCUCUAGCGCAGCCCCUCAAGCAAGGCGAUCCUUUGCCAACAAAGCAAGACCUCAUCAACACGAUGCAAGAUUUGUUCACCCAGCUCCUUGAGCGUCCCGUUGCCGGAUACACCAACGACUCGGGUCCUAUCAUCAUCACUUAUGCCCAGGUCGUCGCGCUCGUUUCCAUCGCAAUGUAUGACCCUGCCACCUGGGACGACCUCGCCGCUGCCGUUUAUGAAUUGCUUCGAGGCAACGUCAUGCCCAUCUCCCAACGGCUUGACACGUGGACUUAUGACCCUUCACAGCCGGCUUUACCGUCGGCGGACCACACGCAGUUGGAGAUGAUCGCACUUGUCGUGUGCUCGGAUCAAUACGACAGCCCCUUACCAGCUGGAUAUGACGUGGAGACCAAUGGCGAACAAUGGUACCUCGACCUGUGGAAGCAAAUGACAAAUCAGGCACAGGUGGGAGCCGAUCGCGACUUCCUGCUGAUGCUUUCGUGCCGUCAUUGGAACUCGACCUUUGGUGCACCAAAGGAUGUGUACCGUGGAGACCUGAACCACACCUUGUCGAAUCCUUUGCUGCUCAUCGGUACCACGUACGACCCAGCUACACCUUUGCGCAACGCCCGAAUGUUGCUGCAAGAGAUGGGCGACAACGCAAGGCUGAUCGUGCAUCACGGCUAUGGUCAUCUAUCUGAUGACAAGAGCGCUUGUACGAAAAAAGUUGUCCAAUCCUAUCUGAUGGAAGGGAUUGUGCCCGGGCAGCAAGAGACGCAUUGCUUUGCCGAUCAGAAGCCGUACAGGUACAACGACGACAUGCGCAACCGCGCCUUGUCGCAAGCCAAGCCUCCCGCUCAACACUUGUUGCGAGCCCAACCAUAUCGCUGA